AAAAAACAUAGCUUUACGAACCAAAGAAAAGCGACCAGAAAUGCCCUCCUACUUGAAGGACCAAAAACCCUCGUCUCCAAAUUCAAAAGCCAAAUCGAGUCGCAAAUUGGAAUUGAGCUACUAAUAAUGGCGAUUGCCCCGCCAUCCAACCUUCUCGACGAGGCCCUCGACGGCAAAGGCGGGCGGAUGAUCUUGAUAGAGGACUGCGUGGAGACCAGCGGAGCAUUCGUGGUGCACCACCUACUGAAGAGCGCCCUCUCCUCCGACGUCCUCCUCGUUUUCAUCUCCUUCGCUCACCCAUUCUCUCAUUACGAUCGAAUUCUUCGGAAAAUGGGUUGCAACUUAAGCGUUCAGAGGGAUUGUAAGAAAUUGAUGUUCUUUGACAUGCUUAUGGCAGACAACCGUGACAGUGACAGAGCAAAACUUAUAGAGGAAAGACUUAUUUCAUUAUUUGGCGAGAUUCAGAGAGCUGUUGAGGUCUGUCUAUCACAUGAAGGCAAUCAACAUGUUACUUUAAUGAUUGAUGAUGUAUCUCUUCUGGAAGUUGAUGCUAAUGGGUCAUCCAACUUCGUCCUGGAUUUUCUGCAUUAUUGCAACAGUUUAAGAGCGCAAUUUGGUUGUUCGAUUGUUGCCCUUAACCAUGAUGAUGUGUAUACAACUAUGGACGAACCUAAUCUGCUACUACAUAUGGAAUAUCUAGCGGACAUGGUGAUUAAAGUCGAGCCCUUGGCUACUGGUUUAGCUACCGAUGUCCAUGGACAGUUGACUGUCACUAACAGAGGGCUUGAAGAUGGAAAAACACGGAACAAAGUUCAAAACUUCCAUUUUAGGGUUAAGGAUAGUGGUGCUGAGUAUUUCUAUCCCGGGAGCAAGGGCUUUAAGUGAUUGACAAUCAAGGCUUGUUGAUCUCUUCACAAAGGUUCUUGCUGGUCAGCGGUUCACUACUAUGAUCCCCAAGUGGAGGACGAUUCAUGUUCAUCCUGGCCCAACUUGAUGGGAGGGUGUUGAAGAUGGCCCAACUUGAGGGAAGGAUGUUGAUGAUGGUCAAGAUAUUGCCAUGUGAUCAAGCUUGGAUGUUGAAGUGAAGAUGGAGCUACAUGUUUCUGUCAUUACCGUUGAUGUUCUUUGCCUUCAGCUAAAAUUUUGUUGCGACUUUCUUUUUCUAUUCUGUUUUUCUUUUAUUUUAGUUAAGUGAAACAGUGUCGUUUUGGGUAUUAGAAACGACUUUGUCCCUUUUUUGUUGUCUUGUUGCAUGGCUAAUUGGCUAUACUACAGACAGUACGUACACUUUGGGCUUCAAAUGGAAAAUAUUUGAGCUAAGAACAUUUUUGACCUGAGUGGAUCUAAUCGAUCUAAAAACUCAAGACGAGAGAAGGACGGUACCGUG